AUGGAAACUUCAUCGGACAUACAAAAGGAAGAAUUAGUUAUUUAUGUUCCCGAGAAAAGAAAAGAUACAGCACUUCGUUAUAUACGGGACAUAAAAUACUUAUUAUCAUCAUCUUCACGUGUUGAAUUUGAAUCGAAAUUACAAAAUGCUACCAAUCGUCAUAUUUUUGAUCAAGAAAAAAAUAAUCAUGAAAUUUCUUCGAAUUUUGUAACUACAGGUGACAAUGAUACGUAUAUAUCUGGUGACGUAAACAAUGAACCACAAGAAACGGCAAACAGUGUUUCUAUGGUUGUGAAAGCAGCAAAUGAUAUCAUCCAUGCACCAUUUGAACCAACAGCAAAUAAUAAAAGAAAAACAAGCGAAAAUGAUUUAUUACAAGAUAUUAAUGGUCCAGUACUACAGGUACCAACAUUAACAAUUACAAAUCCAACAACACAAGAAAGUUAUCAAGUAUAUACGGAAAAAUACAGUCGUGCCAAGAAUGCUGCAGAAACUGAAUUGUUAACUGGAGAAAAGGGAUUUAAUCAUUUGUUAUCCUUUUUAUUCGGUGCCAUAUUUUCUAAUGAAGAAUUGAGAGAGAGCUCCAUUAAUGGCACAGUAAAAGGAACAAAACCAUUAUGCCCACAACGUGUUCAUACAAUUGACCAACAUAUGUAUAAUAUUUAUGGUCAACGGAGUAAAAUGGUUAAGGGAUAUAGUACGGCUAUUGAUACAGCAGAGAAAAGAAGUGAAUCGAAAGAUGAUAGUGAUACUGAACAACCAGUUAACACAAAUGAUGACGAUGUGGAAAAAGAUAAAAAACACAAAAAAAAUUUACAAGAAUAA